AAUUCUGGAAAAUAAGAUUAGAGAGGAGAAAAAAAAAGGGGUUGUCUUCUUCAAGUGAUCUAUCUGCUCGAACGUGUUUACUUUCAAAGCAUCGAUCUUUUCUAGUUUUCGCAAGAAAAUGUUGGAAAAGAUCGGAUUGCCGGCGAAGCCUUCUCUGAGAGGAAACAGUUGGGUCGUCGAUGCUUCUCAUUGUCAAGGAUGCUCUUCUCAGUUUACUUUCAUCAAUCGCAAGCAUCAUUGCCGGAGAUGUGGGGGCUUGUUCUGUGGUAGCUGCACCCAGCAGCGAAUGUCCCUACGUGGACAAGGUGACUCACCUGUGCGUAUAUGUGAUCCUUGUAAGCAACUUGAAGAAGCUGCUCGCUUUGAGCUGCGUCAUGGCUACAAAAACAGAUCUGCAAAAGCAGGUGGCUCUAAAAGGACCGUAAAGAAUGAGGAUGAUGUUCUCAGUGAGAUUCUUGGAUCUGAUGUUGAUGUAUCUUCUUCAUCCGAGUCAGACAGGGUUACAUCUAAAGAAAUGGGAAGCAGCAGCAGUGUGGAGUUGGAUGCUACUCCUGAAGAGUUGCGUAGACAAGCAGUAGAAGAGAAGAAUAAGUACAGAGUCCUCAAACAACAAGGGAAGUCUGAAGAAGCUCUGAAGGCCUUUAAGAGAGGGAAGGAGCUUGAGAGGCAGGCGGACGCGCUAGAGAUAUCCUUGAGGAAGGACCGGAAAAGAGCACUGUCCAUGCGAGAUGUCUCCGCUGCGACGCAGAAGAACAAGGCUGCUACUAAAGAAUCUAGCAAAUCACAAAAGCCUCCACGGAAAGAUGAUUUGGCAGCUGAGCUGAGGGAUCUUGGUUGGUCUGAUGAUGAAGAUAAGAAACCAGCUACUGUGAGUUUGGAGGGCGAGUUUUCGUCUCUUCUCCGUGAGAUCCCUGGAAGGGCGACUAACCCACAACAGAAGAGUGGAGGGGGAAUCGACAAGAGUCAGGUGAUUGCCAUUAAGAAAAAGGCACUUGCGCUUAAACGUGAAGGGAAGCUUGCAGAAGCUAAAGAGGAGCUGAAAAGAGCUAAAGUUUUGGAAAGGGAGAUUGAAGAGCAGGAACUUCUGGGUGGGGCUGAUGAAUCUGAUGAUGAGCUAUCCGCGCUUAUCAACAGUAUGGAUGAUGACAAAGAAGAUGAUCUGUUAGCUCAAUAUGAGGGAAGCCAUGAUUUUGACAUUGGUAACCUUGUGGGAACUGUAGAUGAUAUUGGAGUUGAUGGUGAAUUUGAUGUCACAGAUGAAGAUAUGGAGGAUCCAGCUAUUGCUGCUGCCUUGAAAUCUUUGGGCUGGACCGAGGAUCCUGGUCACCGUGAGAAUCUCCACACUCAGUCUCCUCCUAACAACAGAGAAGAACGUUUAGCUGAGAUUCAGGCAUUGAAAAGAGAAGCUCUCACUCUAAAGCGAGCUGGAAAUGCUGCAGAGGCCUUGGCUACACUGAAGAAGGCAAAAUUACUUGAGAGGGAACUAGAGUCUGCUGCUGAUAAUACAUCCUCACAAGGUGCUGAUACGAGCCUGAAACAUCCUCCCAGAAGCAGGCUAGCGAUACAGAGGGAGCUUCUUGCAGUGAAAAAGAAAGCGCUUACUUUGAAAAGGGAAGGGAAGUUUAACGAAGCUGAAGAGGAAUUGAAGAAAGGAGCGGUUCUCCAAGAGCAGCUUGAAGAGCUGGACAAUUCGUCAAAGUUAGCUGCAGCAGGAAAGGCUAUUCGUGAAAAAGAUAUGCCUGAUAUCUCUGUUGAUUCUCUGGAUGAUGAUGGAGAGGUAGAUGUAAAAGAUGAGGAGUUAAAUGAUCCGAGUUACCUCUCGAUGCUUAAGAGCUUAGGCUGGAAUGAUGAAGAUAAUAAUCAUGCGGGUGAUUCAUCUGGAAGAGUCGAACCAGUUAGUACGAAACCAAGAAGAAGCAAAGCUGAAAUACAACGAGAACUCUUAGCGCUGAAAAGAAAAGCUCUAACUUUGAGGCGUCAAGGUAGUGUUGAUGAAGCAGAGGAAGUUCAAAAACAGACUAAAAUAUUGGAAGCCCAGUUGGUAGAGAUUGAUUCAGGCAAGAAAACAUCUACUGAUAGUGGGAUGAAUGUAGGAGAUGAUAGUGUUACAGAAAAUGAUAUGAAGGAUCCAGCACUAUUGUCGACUCUUAAGAAUUUGGGAUGGGAGGAUGAAGAACCAAAGAAACAAGAAGCUGCAUUUAGCUCUAUGCAGUCUACUGGUCAACGGAUAGCAGCCAAAACAAAGGGGCAAAUCCAAAGAGAACUUCUGGACUUGAAAAGGAAAGCACUUGCCUUCAAGCGUCAAGGGAAAAACGGAGAGGCUGAUGAAUUGUACAGUAAUGCCAAAGUUUUGGAAGCACAGCUAGCUGAACUGGAGACCCCCAAGGAUGAGCCAGUGGGUGAAGCUUUGAGCGGUCAGCAGUUUGAGAAGAAAGUCGCAGCUUCUACCAUCAAUCCUACAAACUAUAUGGAUGUUGAUUUAUUAGUUGGAUCUCAAAUGGACGACAAGUCAGUCAAAUCUGCAAGUGCUGCUCAAGGUAACUAUGACUUGUUAGGAGACUUAAUCUCCCCUGCUAAGUCCGGUUCCUUUAGCGCACAUGGUGGGAUGAGUGAAAGUAGAGUUGUUUCACAAUCAGGCCAGCAGCAGCCAAGUAUGAUUGAUUUGCUGACUGGUGAGCAGUGUGAGAGGUCCCCAAGUCCUGCAGAGAAAGGAAAAGCUGAGUCCAGGUCAGAGUUUGGUACUCAGCAAACACUGGCAAGUGAAGAAGACUCAGCACCUGGUAGUAUUGAAUCAGCUUCUGUUCAAAAUACAUCUCCUCAGAAUACCCUUAAGCAAGAUAUACUGGCUCACAAGAGAAAGGCACUUGCUUUGAAGAAAGAAGGAAAGAUAAGUGAAGCUAAAGAGGCAUUGCAACAAGCGAAAUUGUUGGAGAGGAGACUACAAGAAGGAGAAAACCCUUCCCCUGAAAAACUCGGACGAGAUGGUUUGGUUUCUGCAAAGCAGCCUCCUGUUGUACGAGAGAAAGAGAAUAGCCCUUCAAGUUCAGCUGCUCCGAAGCCAAUGUCUAGUCGUGACCGUUUUAAGCUGCAGCAAGAGUCGCUAAGCCACAAACGUCAAGCCAUGAAGCUUCGUAGGGAAGGUAAGAUGGAAGAAGCUGAAGCUGAGUUCGAAAUUGCCAAAACUCUUGAAGCUCAGCUAGAGGAUUCAACAUCCUCAAAAUCAGAACCGGUAGAUGAUAAUGUAGCAGUGGAAGAUUUUCUGGAUCCUCAACUCUUGUCUGCCCUCAAGGCUAUCGGACUAGACAGUCCUGCGAAUGCGUCGGCGAGUAAGCCAGACACGACACAAGCUACUCCAAAACCAGUGCGUGAAGCUGUGAAACCGAAUCCAGCCAAGGAGAGUGAUAAUAGCCAGGAGAGAAGUCAACUGGAAGAACGCAUCAAAGCAGAGAAGAUAAAAGCUGUGACCCUGAAACGUUCAGGGAAGCAAGCUGAAGCAUUAGAUGCUCUUCGAAGAGCAAAACUCUCUGAAAAGAAACUAAAUGCUCUUGCAUGAAUUUGAUCGAUUCUCCAUUUUUGUAACAUACCCUUAUAUAAUGUUGUUUGAGUGUUUAUCAGAGUCGAAAGACAUUUCAGUAACCA